AUGAGAAGGAGGCAAGGAGAAGGAGGCAAGGAGAAGGAGGCAAGGAGAAGGAGGCAAGGAGAAGGAGGCAAGGAGAAGAAGGCAAGGAGAAGAAGGCAAGGAGAAGAAGGCAAGGAGAAGAAGGCAAGGAGAAGAAGGCAAGGAGAAGGAGGCAAGGAGAAGGAGGCAAGGAGAAGGAGGCAAGGAGAAGGAGGCAAGGAGAAGGAGGCAAGGAGAAGGAGGCAAGGAGAAGGAGGCAAGGAGAAGGAGGCAAGGAGAAGGAGGCAAGGAGAAGGAGGCAAGGAGAAGGAGGCAAGGAGAAGGAGGCAAGGAGAAGGAGGCAAGGAGAAGGAGGCAAGGAGAAGGAGGCAAGGAGAAGGAGGCAAGGAGAAGGAGGCAAGGAGAAGGAGGCAAGGAGAAGGAGGCAAGGAGAAGGAGGCAAGGAGAAGGAGGCAAGGAGAAGGAGGCAAGGAGAAGGAGGCAAGGAGAAGGAGGCAAGGAGAAGGAGGCAAGGAGAAGGAGGCAAGGAGAAGGAGGCAAGGAGAAGGAGGCAAGGAGAAGGAGGCAAGGAGAAGGAGGCAAGGAGAAGGAGGCAAGGAAAAGAAGGCAAGGAGAAGGAGGCAAGGAGAAGGAGGCAAGGAAAAGAAGGCAAGGAGAAGAAGGCAAGGAGAAGAAGGCAAGGAGAAGAAGGCAAGGAGAAGAAGGCAAGGAGAAGAAGGCAAGGAGAAGAAGGCAAGGAGAAGAAGGCAAGGAGAAGAAGGCAAGGAGAAGAAGGCAAGGAGAAGAAGGCAAGGAGAAGAAGGCAAGGAGAAGAAGGCAAGGAGAAGAAGGCAAGGAGAAGAAGGCAAGGAGAAGAAGGCAAGGAGAAGAAGGCAAGGAGAAGAAGGCAAGGAGAAGAAGGCAAGGAGAAGAAGGCAAGGAGAAGAAGGCAAGGAGAAGAAGGCAAUGAGAAGAAGGCAAUGA